CAUCGAAGAAGAAGAAAUGAACAAAAUAAAAUCGGCGCGCAUCGGGACACACUCAACGAAUCUUAUCAUACUCUGCAAAAAUCGAAGUCAAAUUAGUCGCCGACUACACUGAACGAAUCAUCAACAAUCCAUUUCCUUUUUCAAUCGGAAAAUCUUGCUCUACAAACAACAAACGGAUGUUUUCUCUUCCCAGUUGCCUACCCUCAUCCCAACUAAAGCAACACUCCCCCAAUUCCCAAUCCCAACCCCCAACUUCCCGCCGCGUCGCAGUGAUCGGCGCCGGCGCCGGAGGUCUCGUCACUGCCCGGGAGCUCGGCCGAGAGGGCCACCAUGUAGUCGUUUUCGAACGGAAUAAUCAAAUCGGAGGGACCUGGGUAUAUUCGCCGGAAAUUGAAUCCGACCCACUUGGAAUCGACCCAAAUCGUACCAGGAUCCAUAGCAGCCUCUACAGAUCUCUACGCACCAAUCUCCCCAGAGAACUCAUGGGGGUCCGCGAUUACCCAUUUGUUCCUCGAGAAGGAGAGGAUCGAGAUCCGAGGCGAUUUCCAAGUCAUCGAGAGGUUUUAAAGUAUUUGGAAGAUUUCGCAAAUGAAUUUGGGAUUUGUGAAUUGGUGAGGUUUGGAACUGAGGUGGUGUUUGCUGGUUUGGAGGAGCUUGGGAAAUGGAGGGUUGAAUUUAGAUGUGCAAAUGGGGCUGUUGAUGAUGACAUUUUUGAUGCUGUGGUUGUUUGUGUCGGGAAUUAUUCUCAACCUCGAGUGGCAGAGAUUCCUGGGAUUGAUGGAUGGCCUGGGGUUCAAAUACAUAGUCACAAUUAUCGUGAUCCCGAACCAUUUCGGGGUAAGGUUGUUGUCUUGAUAGGUUAUUCUUCCAGUGGUACAGACAUUUCUCAGGAGCUCAUUGGGGUUGCCAAAGAAAUUCAUAUUGCUUGGAGAUCAGCUAAAACAGACCUUUUCGACACAGAAUCAACUAUUAGUAAUGUGUCAUUUCAUCCAAUGAUUGAAAGUGUCCGUAACGAUGGGACUGUGGUCUUUCAAGAUGGGUCCGUCAUUUUGGCUGAUGUUAUUCUGCAUUGCACUGGGUACAAAUAUCAUUUCCCUUUUCUUGAAACCAAUGGCAUUGUUACGGUGGACGACAACCGUGUAGGACCUCUAUACAAGCAUGUCUUCCCCCCAGCAUUGGCCCCAGGGCUUUCCUUUGUCGGGUUACCAUUUAAGGCUGUUCCUUUGCCUAUGUUUGAGCUUCAAAGCAAUUGGGUUGCUGGUGUUUUAUCAAACAGGAUUUCACUUCCAUCGAAAGAGGAAAUGUUGGCAGAUGUUAAAACUUUUUAUGCAGAUCUUGAAGCUUUUGGCAAGCCCAAGCAUCGGACCCACGAAUUGGGUGAUUAUAUGCCUGCCUACUGUAACUGGCUUGCGGCAACAUGUGGUUGUCCUGCAUAUGAAGAAUGGAGAAAGGAAAUGUACAUUACUACUCAUAUGAAUAAGAGGGCCAAUCUCGGGUCGUACCGUGAUGAUUGGCACGACGAUGAGUUGAUUCGUCAAGCUUAUGAGGAAUUUAGCAAGUAUACUAUAAAUGAAAGAAGUCAAAACCACUCAAACUUGAAUGUUUCAUAAGAUUGGAAUAUGUGGUAAUGUUUAUGUGUCGUUGAUCCUCCCUCCUGGUUACAAAAUUUGGAUCUUUAUUUGGAAAUAAAAAUGUAAAUAAUAUCAACCUAUUGAAUUGCCCAUUUUGGUUGUUUGUUAAAAAUCAUAUUGUGCUUGAAAAUAUGAAUAAAAAAAAUCUCAAAAACUACCUCGAAA